AGUGGGCAGCCAGCCCGAGUGCCAGCCCGCGGCCGCAUAGCCUCCGCACCCGGCGCCAGGCUUGGGCAGUACGCUCAGAGCUGCCCGGCGCAUCACAGGGACCCUUGCUCACCUACCUCCUUUGCCCUUCUCUUGCUGGAUGGAACAGGAAGAUAAUCAGGGUGUGUGUGAACACCAGACUUCUGAAGACACAGGCAUGGAUUCUGACUUGGAGAACUCUGAGGACCGAGAAGGGGACCCGGAAGAAAGAGGAAUGGGCUCUAAUCCACGGGACACAGAAGACAGAGGCCACGUGGAGCAGGAAGUGGACUCCAACCCACAGGAUGAUGAUCUAAGAGGGGACUCACGAGAAAGGGACAUAGCGUCCACUGUCUGUUCAGGGGGGCUGCUGAGCGAGGAAGAAAGGGCUAUCCUCCACGAGGAAGAGGAUGACCAGCCUGGUGUGGCUGACAUGGCUCUGUUCCCAGGACUGUCAGAAUCUGACAGCAUAUCCCGGAGUCCGCGGGGAGAGGAAGAUGAAGAGGAGGAGGAAGACGAAGAAGAGGAAAGCGCUGGGGAGAACCGCUUGAUAGAGGAGGAAGAGCCCUUGCCUACUCCGGUGCUUCCCUGGAGGCGUCACCUCUCCCUGGGCGGUCGACACCGGGGUGACAAGCCUGCUCACCGCCGCUUCCACCGGCUCCAUCACCCCAUGGCCGUGGACCUCGGGGAACUAGACAGCCUGAUGGCCAGCAUCAUGGACGCACCCACCAUCUGCCCAGACUGCGGGGAGAGCUUUAGCCCGGGCGCCGCAUUCCUGCAGCACCAACGCAUCCACCGCCUGGCGGAGGCCGCCGCGGUGGCCAGCCUGGAGCCCUUCGGUUUGGCCGGCGAGUGCGGAGGAGUGGUGGGGAUGAUGGGCAUGGGCGUGGCCGGCGGCUUCGGGGCGGGGCCCACGCUGGCCCGGCCCCCUCGCGAAAAGCCCUUCCGCUGCGGGGAGUGCGGCAAAGGCUUCAGCCGCAACACCUACCUGACCAACCACCUACGGCUGCACACGGGCGAGCGGCCCAACCUGUGCGCCGACUGCGGCAAGAGCUUCAGCUGGCGCGCCGACCUGCUCAAGCACCGGCGCCUGCACACGGGCGAGAAGCCCUACCCGUGCCCGGAGUGCGGCGAAGCCUUCAGCCUCAGCUCGCACUUGCUCAGCCACCGGCGCGCGCACGCGGCGGCGGGCGGCGGCGCAAGCUCGGCGGGCUCGGCGGCGGCGCUGCGGCCCUUCGCCUGCGGGGAGUGCGGCAAGGGUUUCGUGCGCCGCUCGCAUCUGGCCAACCACCAGCGUAUCCACACCGGCGAGAAGCCGCACGGCUGCGGCGAGUGCGGCAAGCGCUUCAGUUGGCGCUCGGACCUGGUGAAGCACCAGCGCGUGCACACGGGCGAGAAGCCCUACAUGUGCUCCGAGUGCGGCGAGACCUUCAGCGUGAGCUCGCACCUCUUCACGCACAAGCGCACGCACUCGGGCGAGCGACCCUACGUGUGCCGGGAGUGUGGCAAGGGCUUCGGCCGCAACUCGCACCUCAUCAACCACCUGCGCGUGCACACCGGCGAGAAGCCCUUCGGCUGCGGCCAGUGCGAGAAGCGCUUCAGCGACUUCUCCACGCUCACGCAGCACCAGCGCACGCACACCGGCGAGAAGCCCUACACAUGCCUCGAGUGCGGCAAGAGCUUCAUCCAGAGCUCCCACCUCAUCCGCCAUCGGCGCAUCCACACCGGCAACAAGCCUCACAAGUGCGCGGGCUGUGGCAAGGGCUUCCGCUACAAGACGCACCUUGCACAGCACCAGAAGUUGCACUUGUGUUAGGGCAGGCAUCCGAAUGAGGCGGCGGUGGGAGUCUUCUGGCUACUGAUCUGUAGAUGUUGGGGAAGGAGCAGGAGGGACAGUCUGGGGGAGCCUUUUGGUGUUUGCCACCCCCCCCCCCAGGAGAUGGUUAAUAAGAGUUGUUACUUCCAGGUGCCUACCUCCACCUUCGAAGUAACUCUUAGAAGAUGUGCUUGACUUGAUAGCUUACUUAAAUACACACUGCGAAGAGUGAAAAGCUUGGAAUAGCAGAGUUGGGAGGACCCCCGAGGAAAGGCAUUUGGGUCUGUGUAGAGAGGCUUGGACUGUGUGAGAACUGAGAUAGGUGAUUUGUUUAGAGUAACAGGCGUACAACAAAAAGCGGGUAGAAAUAAGAAGGUCACACUCCCGGGGCAUGGUAAGCCUGAGUUUGCCCUAAUACCUCUCUUAUCAGCUCCAGUAUGACCCUUCUCAUCCCUAUAGAAGAGGUUGCUAAGUAUCCACUUCCCUUUCUAUGAGCCCCAGCUGCUAUUUUGAGACAUCCAGGGGAAAUCAAGCAGAAAAACUGCAGUUAUGUCAAAGGGCAAACUCUGAGUUUAGAAAUUCACAUACAUUGGUUCUCUGAUCUCUUAGGAAAUCCUGCACCCGUUUCUUCGCUAGUUCCUGAAACUGCUCAAGCUUCAUAUAGGGUCAGGGGUGCCUAGGGGUGGCCCCAACCGCUAUGUAAGUCCAGGUCUCAGCUCUCGGUGGAGAGUAAGUUUCAGGAAAACCUUAUACUGUCAGCAGCUGCCUCAGAAACUGUUCACAAAAGUCACCUAGCUAGCUCAGAUUUGCUGGGUGUGUGUAGAUUUGUGUAGAACAGGAAAGCCAAGUUCACAGGAUGGGAUGCCUUCAUUGGCAUGUGUGUGCCCUGACCCCAAGAACCCCCAAAUUACUCACAAAUUAAUGAGAGAUGUGAUCCAAACAGGAUUUUCGUCCCCACCCGUCCCCUCCCCCCACCUCUGACCCUCAUAUAUAAGAGGCACAUAUGUCCACGUGGAGGUCACAGUCAGGGAGAGUUGGAAAUGCAAAAUUGCCAAAUAGCACAAACAGUGAAUGUUUUCCAGUUAUACGAGAUGCCAAAAUAGCACUUUUGUAUUUAACAGAGUGGUUUAUGCUUUUUAAUGACUGGUAGUGUUUCUCCCAUGCCUGUGAGAUACAUCAGCAUUGCAAACUGUGAUUGGGGAAAGGCUGGGGUAGGAGUGUGGUAAGCCUUUCAGAGAAAGGCCCAGGACCAUGAAUGGUGGAGCCUGACCUUUUGUGUUCUCAAGCUCAGUUGCUAGGAUGACUUACGUGCUCUGAUUUAUAUAAUAAAGCAAGAAGACUGAGCAUUCUUACACUUGAUGGAAAAAUUAAAAGCCUAGAAGGACCAAAGAUGUCCUUACUGACAAAGCUGGCCUUUGUCACCUGAUUCCAGUGUUCUCACUGUCUUCUGUUUCUAGUAGGGAGCUGUAGUCAAAUGCCGUGUAUAGAUUUGGUUACCUACCCUUAAAUUCCCUCCCCUAGAUUAGACUUUAGAAGUCAGUGUUGUGGAAGGCAGUAAAAUUUUCUUCACUAACACUUAUUACCCUAGAUUAUUCAUGGGAAUCUCGAACCGUUGGACACAGUUGAAGGUGGGGUGGGGAAACUUUACAAUUGUUUUUACAGUUUUAGCCAAGUUUCUGUGAAUGCUAGAGAUUUAUACUUGAUUAUUUGUAUUUUCAUAAUGAGCUUCUUUGGGGACUCUAAGGAAGCAUUUUUGUUUUUUUAUUUUUUAUUUUUCAUUGUAGGAACACUAAAAAAGAAAUCUGGGGAACACCUGGGCUUUUCUAUAUCACCUGCUGAUCUUGUCCACUUAAUCUGUUUACUGUUGUUCACAGAUGAAAAUAGAUAGGCGAGGGUUAGUUUUGAAAAACACUAAUUCUCUUCAGUUUUCUUUAGUGAAGACUUACAUAUGCAAACUCUGUGCCCCCUAUUUAUUCUGACUCAUGUUGUCUAGAUGCCCAGUGUAUGAGACCCUCUUAAAACAAUGCAGCCAAUUUGUAGGCAGUCUUCAUUCAUAUUCUCUCUCUCUCUCUCUCUCU